UGUUGCUCUGUUUGUUGGUGUCUGACAUAAUUUAAUGUUGCUGAGGUUGUUAGUCAUUUCCUCCUUUGCUCACAUACAUAUGACUGUUAAACACAUUCAUAGAUUUAUGAUCAUGCACGGUAACUCCCAGAGCUUACGAAUGUCUGACCAGGGUUUCUUGACCUUCUUCUGAACCCUUGACCUCAUUUUGAGGUCCUGGCCCCCUGUAAGAGCUUUAAAAUGCUAAUGCGAGUGUUGAUUUACAUUUAUAUUUAUGGAGGAAGCCCACAUAGAUUGCACAGAGAAGAGAAAAUCCUUCCAAGAGCACAAACCUCAACCAAGGCUGCUCAAUCCUCAAAAGAAGUUUUUUUUUUAAAUCAGUAAAAAUAUAUUAGAAAACGUCUUCUACAUUCUGAUUCAGGUCAGCAUCAAAGUGAGCACUGUGAUGGACAAAUCAAUGUUGUACAUGUACCAGAAUUCUAAUGUAUUUGCUGAACGUGUUGUAAUAGCUUCCACUCUUUAAGGAAGACUUUCUACAAUAUUCUCUUCAAGUAAUGAAAUACUUGUGGCCAAACACUCUUUUAAAAAACCCUUGCAAUUAAGUUUUAUUUAAGGUUAUGUCCCUGGUGUUUUCUAAGCAGUCAACGCUAUGGCUAAGGAAUGACUUCUGCAGGUUGAUUUGUAACAAAUCUAAGGAAGCAAUCGUCAUUGUACGGCGUGGGGCUUUGCGGAACAGUAUUCUUAAGAGUCAGUCUCCAGUUUAUAUAUGUAUAGCUGAAUUAUUCCAAUGUUGCAACUUGCAAUUGUGUUGCCUGAAUUCGGUUUACAGUGUUAAGGAGUUGAAGUUGAGGAAUAAGUGGAGAUAAAAGUUGUGGAUUAAUUUGCAUUGAGUUACAUCUUUGCCAUUUUAGGGCAUGAAUGUAUUAUUUUCAUUGAAAAAAAGAAUUUCUAAAGGAGUCACAGACCACGCCUGAACUCAGAUUCCCAAAAUCCUCCAUUUUUCAUACCUCUUUCCCUUUCCUUGGUCUUGUUUUUUUUUUUUUUUUGUAUUAUCACUUGACAAUAACAACCAUUGUAUUUCCAUUGCCUUAGAAGGAGCCAUUAAUAUCCAAGGAAUCCUACUGUUUCUGCUGAAUGAUCAAACCAAAGUUUUUACUAUCCUUGGAACUUGAGACAAGGACUGUUCAACUGGUUGCAAUCUGAAACUUCACCUCAAGAUGUUGCAAAAUUCUGUUAAAAUAUCAUUAAAUCUGAACUUUAUUACAUUAUACAUUCCCAAUGCUCUGACCUUCCACCAAUCUAUACUAAAAUUUACAUACUGUCAUAACCUUUCAUUCUGCUAACAAUUGAGAAAGGGAGAAUGAAAAAGCAUUUGUCAUAGCUAGUCUGAUGGUAAAUGUUGAUUGUAUUAAAUGAACAAGUUUAAAGCAUUGCUUUACAACCUAGUACUCUAGGGUCAGUUGGGAACUACAGAAGAAAACAGAUGUUACUUUUAGGGUAAAGCAAUUUGUUCCUUAGUGGCAUAGUUAACAAAGCAAAAAUGAUAAUACAGAAUAAACAGGGCUGGUGGAUGUUGCUAAAUCAAAGAACCAAAUAAAACCAAAGAAGGCUGAAAGAAUUACAAAAGUCAACUAAACAAAAACUGUUAAAUUCCUUAAGUCAAACUUAAUAGCAACACCCAUAACCAACAACAGAAACUCAACAAACAAGUGUGUCAGAACACGUGGAAGAGCUGUAAACUGAUGUUCCAGUCAUCACCUGGACACAACUUCACCACUAAGUUAGCAGCUGCCAACCGAAGUCACAAUUCACACACAGCAGUAACUCCUCCUCGGCAGGCACUCCCUAAGCAAAAUCCGGAAAAGUCCACCACAACAACACCAGGGGCUGUAACACUUGUGAUCCUAGUGGUGUAUUACUCACUGGUGGAUGAAGUAUUCAGGCCCUUCAGUAAAAGUACCCCAUUACAAUUAACAAUCCUGCCUCAAAAAUCCCAAUUGAAAGUGAAAGUAUGUAUUAUCUGAAGUGUUGAAGUAAAAGAACUAGUUUGGUCCCUCUGACCAAUAUAUGCGUUUUUAUGACAUUGCUAAAUUCUGAUAAUGAAGCAUCACUAUGUCAGCAUCAUGUUACUGUUGUAGCUGAUGCAGGUGCAGCUACUUUAAACUACUUUAUAAAGAGCUUUAAAUACAGCAACAGCAGAUACAUCUGAGAGGUCAUCACAUGAUCAAUGUACGAGGAAAGAAUAUAUUAUUAAACAUUUACGCUUGUAUCAUUUAAAACUUUAUUGAAAUAAAACCAUGUGAGAUACAACCCAUUUCCCUGAAGAUUUUUUUUCUCCAGUUUUCUUCAUUGAAUUUUCUUUCGGUUUAGGACUAGGUAUAAUCUGUGUCUGGAAAACUAAACCACAGACAUCUAAAAUUGCUUUAGGAAGACAUCAGAAGUCAAAAGGUUGUAAACUACUGGCUUAACCUUUAGCAGUGUUUCACUCUAUGAUUUGUUAUUAUAUCCACUGUAAAAUCUUAAAAGUAACUAAAGCUGUCAGAUUAACAGAGUGGAGUAAAAAGUACAAGAUUUCCCCUGUAGAAUAUAGUGGAUUGGAUGCAUAAAGUAGCUUAAAGUGUAAUUACUGAAGGUACGAGUACCUCAAAGUUUAAAUUAAAUGCAAUACUUGUACUUGCAGUAAAUUGUACUUAACUACUUUCCACCACUAAUUGAGUAAUUCCCCUCUGGAAAGAGCAUAUUCAUCAACAAAACAGCAUUGAGAUGGGUUAAGGAGUGUGUGAAAACAGUUGUCUGCUUCCCCACGUGCAGGUUUGUGUUUGAAUGUCCGAGUCCAUGGGACUGUGUGCAGUAUGAACAGCUGACAGACGAGGUCCCACACCUGAUAAAUAAAAAGCGGCCUGAUGUGAGAGCGAGAUGUAGUUUGUGACUGAUCUCCUGUCCGUCAAGAUGAACACCCUUCAAGCCGUGCUUCUCCUGACCGUAAGCCUCUCUGCAGUUCACUCCCUGGACUACAAGGCACUCACCCAGUUCAGGAACAUGAUCGUGUGCGUGAUGCCUGAUAGCUGGCCUGUUCUUGACUACGCUGACUACGGCUGCUACUGUGGAAUGGGAGGCUCCGGCACGCCUGUGGAUGACCUUGAUAGGUGCUGCCAAGUGCACGACCAGUGUUACUCUGAUGCAAUGCAGCACGAUGAGUGCUGGCCCAUCCUCGACAACCCUUACACUGAGUUCUACGACUACAGCUGCGAUGAAGCAAACAGGAAGGUCACCUGCGGCAAUGAUAACGAUGUAUGCGAGAAGUUCAUCUGCGAGUGUGACAGGAAGGCCGCAGAGUGUUUCGGAAGAACACCUUGGAACCCCGAAAAUGAACACCUGCCCAGCGACCAAUGUCAGUAAAGACACGAUCACCUGUAUGAAAAGAGGAUUUUAUGCCUCGACUCGACACCUCCACCCUUUAGUUUUCCACAGCUGUAUAUUUACACAAUCAUAUACAUAGGUUAAUAAACACCUGCAAUCAUCCAUAA